UUAAUUUUCAUCUUUGUUUGUUUGAGUGCUUUGCUUGUGCUAGACGUGGUUUUGUUCUCUAAGUGUGUGCAGGGAGGUCCAUGACCCGGAGUAAUCCGACACCCUUAGUAUCGCUUGAUGAGAACAUCAACCGGACUCUCCAACUCCUAGAUCGGGAGAGGGAGUUAGCGGAAGCAAGGAGGAGAAGUGAAGAGAGGGGACAAUAAUUGUGUCCUGGAGUUUGUGGAGUAGAAGUUGAAGGAGUUGAAGGAGAAGUGGAUAUUGGAGUUGAGAUGGCAGAGAACCAAAGAGAAGGAACCGCCGCCCAGGCUCACAACCACAAUGAGGAGGAGGCCGAGGAGGAAGCCCCAAGGAAAAUGGGGUAUUACAUGGCCCCACGGCCGGCGGACAUUCAGUCUCCUAUCCUACACCCUCCCGUGGCAGCCAACAAUUUCAAAAUCAAGCCAACCCUCAUGAUAAUGAUUUAGAACAAUGCUUUGUUCUAUGGGCUCACAAGUGAAUCACCAUGGAGCACGUGCAACGAUUUCUUGAGCUCGCGGGGAGUUUGAAGAGUAAUGGGGUGCCGGCGAAAGCUUUGAAACUAAGGCUUUUCCCUUACUCACUUGCGGGGAAGGCACUUAGAUGGCUCAACAACCGGUCGCCUUGUUCAAUAACCUUGUGGGAUGAUCUUUUCAACAAAUUUAUGACCCGCUAUUGCCCGCCUUUGAAGACGGCCGAGUGGAGAAAGAAGAUCACCCAUUUCAAGCAAAAUGAAGAUGAAACCUUAAGGGAUGCUCGGGAGAGAUUCUCCGAUUAUUUUCUUCAAUGCCCUCGCCAUGGGUUCGAAGAAAAAUUACACAUUGAAACUUUCUACGGACAGCUCAUACAUGAAGACAAGAUCCUCAUUGAUUCUCUUUGUCAAGGGAGGCUAAUUAAUAUGACCCCACCACAAGUGACCCAAUUGCUACAAGAUAUGACCCUCAAAGGUUAUGAUUGGGGUUUGACGAGAAGCGGGAAUAGAAGCAAUGAAAGAUGAGUAAGGAGUGUUGGAGCGAGUGCUCCACUUGAGGCAAAACUUGAUAAGUUGAUCAAGGUACAUCUCGAGGAUAAGAAGUACGGGAAGAGAGAAGUGAUGUUGUGCACUUGGUGUUCAAGCACGAACCAUGAGUUGUCGGAUUGUCAAGCAAUGAAGGAACCAAGCACUC